CACAUACAUGUGUAUGUCUUCUGUUGGGGCAUCUAGAAACUAGCCCUAAUGUCUUCUUUACUGGACCACAGCCUGAUUAGGACGGUGGCGGUAGACCAGGUGGUGGCGCCGUUCGCGUGUCACCUGUGUCACCUGGUGCUGCUGUGUGACAGCUUGGAGGAGCCCGAACACUUCAGCCGGCUGGAGGAGGCGGCUCGGACUGUGGCUAAAGCCACCGACAACAUGGCAGCAGUGUCCUCCAGGAUCGCCGGUCUGGCAGAAGACAAAGUGCUACGCGAGGAGGUGUCCUCCAUGCUGGAACCUAUCAUAGUGUCAGGACAACAUGUGCUGCUGGCGGCCCAGAAACUCGGCAUCCAGCCCGGCUUGACCGAGCACAAAGAGGAACUCAUCACUGCUGCGCAAACGGUUUUCCUGGGAGUCCUCAAGGUACUGUUAGUGUACGAUGACUCGGCAGUAAGAGAAGUCUUAGCAACUGGAGACCAGGUGUCGAAGCGACUCUCUGACCUUGGCUCCAGCUCCGACGUCCAAUCCCUGGUCAAAGCCUUCCAGGUGUUUUCUGAGGCUUUGCUUCACUUCAGCAGUCUAACUGCUGACAGAGCUGACUCCUUGAAGGAUCCUCGACAGGCCAAAGAGCUUAGAGACUCCCUGGAGAUCCUGAGGAGGUGCAUCCCCAUGCUGCACACCGCUACCCUCACCACCAUCAAGCACCCAACGAGCAAGGAGGCCCAAGCAGCUAAGAGCUUCAUACUCGACAAGGUGCAGAGCACAGUGGACAACAUUGUUAGUACCCUGAAAAGUGAAUGUCAAAGAGGCUCUCUGGGAGCGUGUGGUUUUUACACCGAGAGGAGAAACAGUUUGUUACAGCUGCUUGAAGGUUGGUCCAGCAUGUCUAGUCAUGACUUAAACAGCCUGGUUCGAGAUCUUGUCUUUCACUGCAUGGCUGUGGCCAACUCUUCUCCAAGACAGCUUCAGCAAAGACUUGUGCUGCACUGUCAACAUGUUCUUCACUUGUGGUCCGACAUGAAACAUUUUUUGAAGUCCGCCGAGGACCACGAAGAGAGACUUCGGAACAUCUUUGCUUUAUUAGAGGAACUCCUAGAAGGUCUCGACAAAGCAAUGAUGGCUGCCCUUCUUCAUCAACUCUUGGACAUUUUACUGGGAGCAUCUUCUGUGUUUGAGGAACUUUCCAAGGUGGCGAGGCAAGCUCUUGUUGAGGGCUCUUCUGCAGAGACUGAUCUAAGCUGUCUUCAAUCACCAGUUGAAGAAUUAAUAUCCUACUCUGAUAGAAUAAUCCAAGUCGCCUGUUUUUUUUCUGCAGUAGCCGAGGACGCAAAGAGCCUGGAGAACGUGGAGAACUCCAGAGUGUGUCUCAGGAGACUCAGAGCCCAGAUUGCGGAUCUAUCUCUGGAAUUGGCUGACAACUCGAUGCAAACUCUUCAAAAGCUACAUGAAAUUUGUCAGAAGUGGGAAGAAGGGACAAGACAGCUCCAGGAUGCUCUCAGCGACGUGAUGGACGUCAGAGAGUUUACGACUUUGGCUCUUACAGAGAUGGCGGACGAGCAGAGAGGUUGUGAUGACGCGUACAGACAGCAGAACUAUGAGCUGUUUCGUAAACAUGCAACCAAGCUAAAGUGUCACAUGAAGCUGGUGAUACAGUCUGUCAGGAGGCGUUUAGACCAGAGUGAAGACCCCAUCUACAGGAACGGCCUCCUGGUCCUGCUCAAACAGGCUCACAUUUGUCAAAGCAAAGUCAGCCAGUCCGUCAGUGACAUGCUUGUAGGUCAUAGCCUCAAUGUGGAGGCGUAUUCAACCUUCUGUGACAAUGCUUCUGCUGCUGUCCACCAUUUUAACGUUCUCAGAGAGGGACUAGACGGCCACCAGCACCCACAUCUCCUCAGUCCUCUACGGGAGAGUGCCCGUCAGCCUGACCUCUCAGAAAACGACUCCUGCGACCUAAACGAGGAUCACAGGCUUAGGAGUUUGGAUUCCUCGCUCCUAGAGAUGAUUGACACAGAACAUGAGGAGGAAGAGUCAGACGGAGAAAUUGUGGAACCAGAGCUGUCUUGUAAAUUUGAGUAUGAUUUAACCAUUGAAGAUUACUCGGAGGAACCUAAACUGACCCAGAUGCCUUUUGAAUUUGACCUCUUACCCCUCCUACAUGAAGUUGUGACCGUGACUAAAGACAAAGAUGUUGCAGUCCUCAGUCAAGUGUGUACCGGUGUUCUCGAGCUGUCUAACUGCUACUCCCAAGCAACAAGGGAAGCUUUAGCCAUCAUGGACGACAUUGACUGUAAGACUCUGGAAAGUUUUCGAGCUGAACUGGUGUCGCUGACGCCUCUGUUGGUCCAGACUGCUCAAGAGUCGGCCAUGAGCUCCACAUCGAGCACUGACAGUGUCUUUAGACUCAGCACGCAGUUUUCUGACCUCAUCAACAACAUUCGGAAGGUUCUUCUGCCAGGAACCGGACCCUGGUUUCACGUCAUCUACGCCGAGCUCCGUCUAGCUAGACUGACGACGGCAAAUGUUAAAAAACAGCUCAAUGAAGCGAUGACCUUGUGUGCUGACACCGUGCGACUGCUGAUGUCGUCACACGUAACUCCUCAGAGCGAAGAGACCUUGACUCUUCUGCACAACAAACUGAGCAAAGCCCAGAACAACACAAGGUGUCUAGUGGAGUUUCAGGGCGCACCUGAACAGGAGGUUGAUCAACUGGAGGGACUCUGCAUUCUCUGGGGUCUAUCUGUUCACAUUUUGUUCAACUCUCUGGACCGGAUUUUAGGAACGUCAGGAAACAUGCAUCAACACCCUCAAAAGCGACUUUCCAGCUUAUCAGAGAGCUCGCUGAGAAUCCAGGAGGCGGUGAGCCUCACCAGUCUAGCGUGUAAAAGUGUUUUUAAGUCCAAAGAGUUGACGGUACUCCAGGAUGAGCUGAAGACGCUGAGUGAGCGGUAUCUUCAAGCUGCAGAGGACCUCGGUGUGACGCCGAGUGUAAUGCAACUCGUGAAGUCAGAGCUGCUUGAGAGAAAUGUCAUCAUCAAGAUGAAGGAUCUCUCAGGGAUUCUGAGCCAAGCAAACAAGAAAUACGACACUGAGCUGCAAAACUUGGUCAAAAUGGCGUAUUUGGCAGCAGAGCACACCGAAGAAGCAGAACAAAGAUUUGAACAAUCCGCUAGUUUGAUUUUUGAAAACGUAAAAGCCGCCACCAAGAAAGUGGAGGAGAGCUUCAACCACAUGCGGGACUCUCGUGCACGUUCCAACCUGCGGUCCAUCAAUGACUCCCUGUGUUUUCUGAUGUCUGACAUCAUCAGCAGGGUGCGCCUGAUGGUCCAGACUGGCUCAGUUUGUGACACAUUCAAUCUGGAGGUGAAGAUUCAGUGCUGGGCAGCCAAAGCUCACUUUGUGGUGGAGGAGAUCAGUAAGCAGGACGGGGUUCACCAAGAGGCGAAGGAGAACAUCAGAGCCAUGAUGAUGCCAGAUGGACGCAUCCAAGACGUUGUCAUUGCGUCCAACGCCAAAAGGCGGGCGAUCCCCUCAGACAGAAAUGAAGAUCCUGCAGAAUCAAAGACGAUCGCUGUCGUCAAACAUGGAUCCUCAAGUGCAGCAAAAGAUGUUGCUUCCGGUUACAGGGACACUUCUUCCCUGACCUCCACCUCCUUCUUUCUGAAGCAAGAAAGCACCAACUGGGAUCCCACAGAUAACAGAAUAGUCCAGGAGACCAGAAAGAUGGCAGACACGCUCUACCACAUGACUCAGUACCUGAGAAACAGAGGCCCAUUAUUGAACAAAGAAGCGUUUGUGUGCGCCGCCAAAGAUGUGAUGUCAACCUGCCAAUCAGUGACCGACUUUAUUGAAGUCAUCGCCAAGCACUGCCUGGAUGAACAAUGUGCACAGGAACUGUCUCUCGUAGUGGAGCAGCUUCUCACCAUCACUAACCAGCUCAGCAUCCUCUCCAGUGUCAACGCUGUAACGCCUGGCUGCAAAUCCUCCGACGAGAUCCUGGUGAAGAACGUGCAGAACCUUCUCCACACAGUCCUGAGAGGGGUCCAUGCAGCAGAAACAGCCUGCAUCACAGGUUUAAAGCAGCCUGCCCCGAACUCAGCUGAAGCAGAGGCGAUGGCUUUAUGUUUCCAGUGGAAGAGGAACCUGGAGCUCCAUCGAGCCCAGGAGACCUCUAACCCACAAACUGACGAUCUGGGUUUGAGGAAGACCUCAUCGCACUGUGCCGCACCGAGUCUGGCGUCGCCUGUGCAAGAUGGCUCCAAGUUAACGCUUCAAGGGAAAGGUGCUCUUUAUUGUUUCCAAAAAGUACUGACUACCUCUGACAAGUACACAUAGAGUAUAAAGAGAGCAAACAGAAUAGUACAAACAUCAUGUAAAAAAUAAAAUAAAAUAAAUAAAUAGUACAAACCAUGUGGUUGUACCGUAUUUUUCGGACUAUUAAGUCGCAGUUUUUUUCAUAGUUUGGCCGGGCUCCAGUGCGACUUAUAUGUUUUUUUCCUUUUUAUUAUGCAUUUUCGGCAGGUGCGACUUAUACUUCGGUGCGACUUAUACUCCGAAAAAUGCGGUCGUUUUCAGUAGUGUAGUGGUUCACUUAGCUGACUGCAAUGUGAGAUCAAUUCCAACACAGCACUAAAUGUGAUGUAGGAUUGUGGUAUUACAUUUAUUAUCUAUUUAGAUAUGUACAGUCUAUUAAAAUGUUGCAAUGCACUGACGAAUAACAUGAUUAUCAAUGAAAACACACAGAAAUAAAACAAGUUGUUUAAAAAAAUGCAUUUACAUUUUGAAGACACAAAAAACAAAAAAUUCCAUCAAGAA